AUGCCAUCAGGUCCAGCCGCUUUGUGGAUGUUAAUGCACUUGAAGACUCUGGACACGUCAGCCACAGAGAUGGAGGAAUGUUUCCUUUUCUCUUUGUCAGUGUGUGGUGUGGCUCCUCUAAAUAACAUCACAGUGGGAGGACCGAAUGCUGCUCCAGGUUCUUGGCCUUGGCAAGUUAGUCUGCAAACUAGCGGUGUUCAUUUCUGCAGUGGAUCUCUCAUCAACUCUAACUGGGUUCUAACAGCGGCCCGCUGCUUAAUAAGCAAUAUUACUGAAAGGGUGACUGUGUAUCUGGGAUUGCAGUCACUGUCCACAAGUGACGCGAAUACAGUGUCCAGAUCUGUUACUCAAGUCAUUGGAUAUCCCAACCUCACUUAUGAGAGAGAUAUUGUCCUGCUGAAGCUGAACUCUAGUGUGAAUUUCACUGAUUAUAUUAAACCUGUCUGCCUGGCUGCAGCUGGAAGCGCAUUCUUCAACGGUACUCAGGCUUGGGUCACUGGCUGGAAUACAAACACCAAUCUUGACGUUGGAGGUCCCCUGGUCAUCAAACAGGAGGGUCGUUGGAUCCAGGCAGGCAUUAUGAUCUAUCCUGGGAGCUGUUAUGCUUCAGGAUAUGUAGAAGUCUAUACCAGAGUGUCUCUGCACCAAAACUGGAUUAACCAGCAGAUCAUCAGCAACCAGCCAGGUUUUGUCACAUUCACUUCUAUUGGCACUAAUGGGGACCUGAGUGUGUCCUGUCCUGGCCUGUCUCCUGUUGCCACUUCUUAUCCAGUCACCUCCACAUCUGCUGCUUUAUGUAAGAUUGCCUGUAUUUACAAUAUAUGA